UAUCAUAAAUUAGGUCGUUUUAAAUUUACUCGAUUUACUUUUUCUUCACCCCCAUCAUAAAAUUCCGUUCUUUUUCCAAGCAUCCUCCUCCCUGGUUACCUCGUUGCCUCAACGGUUCCUUCUUCGGUCUUUAUGCCCAUAAAUCAAGUUGGAGAAGAGUCAUUGUUUUGGAGGAAGAUGCAGAGAUCAGAAAGGGAAGGGGAGUUAAUGAGCAGCGCGACAACGGCAAGAGGGAUCCACCGGAGUCACAGAUCAAUGGUGGAGAUCGACGGCCUUCCAACCUGCGAUCCUGGAUCCUUCCUCGGAAAGAAGGAGGCGAAGCGGAUGCGUCUUGCUUUGAUGAUGGUUCACGCUUCUCCAAUCGUUGUCUUCUCCUGCAUCAUUGUGCUGUGGUUCCUAUCCAGGAAACUGAGAUUUUCUUUGGCUGGCUUGAUAACAAGGAAUGAGCAUAUCUUCUACCUUGGCUUCUGCUUUGGUGGACAUAAUGAAGGGCACAUGUCGGAGACCAAGCCUUGGGGCUUUUGUUUGGUUGAUGAUGCAGAGUUGUCUGCCCAAUAUUUGCUGCUUUGUCAGACUUUUUGACAAAAGAACUCCCUU